AUGUUUUCAGCCCGAAAAAAAUCGCCUUGCCACUCGUGCUACGUCCCCUUCGGGGUGACAUACGAAAAAUUUGGAACGAUACAGAGAAGAUUAGCAUGGCCCCUGCACAAGGAUGACACGCUUUUCCGGAGUGGUAGACCUACGGGUCUCAAUAUUUAUUGUUCCGCUUACCUAUGUCAUAUUCAUCAUACCGGCCACUUUUCAUGA